ACUUGUCAGAGGAUGGGACGUCUUGAGGAGAUAGGGCCGUCCACAGCAGUUCAACAACAGCAAGUACCAACACCUGUAUCAACUCAACAACCUUCUACAAAUAAUUCUAUCCCCACUCAACAACCUAACGAGUCUUCCCCACAAAAUGAAAGAACACCUUCACAGCCUUUAAUUAAUUCGAAUAUUUCUCCAAACCAACAACAAUUAACACAACAAAAUUUAAAUCAAAUUCCUCAACAACAACAAUUAUUACAACCACCCCAACAACAACAACUUUAUAUUAAUGCACAACAACCAAAUAUGCCAACAAAUCAACAACACUUCUCUCCUUCACAACGUCAGCAACAGCAACAACAAUUACAACCAAAUCCUGUCUCUCCUCAACAACAGCAAUAUAUUCAGCAAAGAUCCAUUCCUUAUGGAAUUGUCCCUCCUCAUGUUUAUGUUGCCCAACAACAACCACAACAACAUUCUCACAGUCAACAACAAAAUUCUUUAAUGGCUGCUCCAUAUGGAUUUUCUGGUCAACCAAACGCCCUUUAUGGAGGACAACCAAAUCCACAAGGCUUUAAUCCUCAAUCUUCAGCACAAGCACAAAUGUAUCAUCAUCAUAUGAUGCAACAACAACAACAACAACAAAAUCAUUAUCAACCACAAGUAGCACCUUCACCACAUUCAAAUAUUCAACAAAACUCGCAAACUAGUGGAAUUCAACAUCAAAGAUGA